AUGAGCCAGAUCCAUGCAAUGCCCUAUCACUGCGGGGCCAAUGGGUUUAGUCUCCGCCUCGAGUCUAGUGAGCGUAGAGGAGACCUCGCCACCUACAAUGUGUGGUGUCCCACACUCAGGACCGACUGCCGACUGCCGCCUUCCGUUAACGAUCAACAGCCGUCACCAUCUGCAGGACUCUCUUUGCAUCUGUCAGGGGCUGUGAAGGCUGAAGUGAAUAUAUUGACACGGAGAGAGAGGCAGUCUGUCACUCUACACACUGGACUAACUGGACUACAGGCUGAUAAGAUAUUUUGGUUCUUUGGUCCAGUCAUUCCAAACACCUCAAUAGUUGAGAGUCAGGUCAUCAGAGGAGAGAACAUCACAGAAUUCAAAGGAAGAUUCCCAGACAGACUGCAGCUGGACAGACAAACUGGAUCUCUCACCAUCAGAAAUCUCACCCUCAGCAACUCUGGAGUUUAUCAGAUAGACAUUUUUAAUACACACAAAACCUCUCAGAGAUUCUAUCGAACUGUCUAUGCUCUAGUACCACUUCCUCAAGUCAGAAAAAUCCCUGGUGAUUUUCUGGACAGUUCAUCAGGCAAGGGGAGCUGUUCAGUGGUGUGUUCUGUGGAGAACCGGAGAGACAUGACCCUGUCCUGGUACAGAGGAGAGAAGAGACUCAACCAGACCAGCAGCCCUGACCUCUCCACCAACCUGGCUCUCCCUCUGGAGAUAAAGCUACAGGACAAAGAUAUCUACAGCUGUGUGGCUGCCAACCCAGUCAGCAACCAGACAACCAAACUCAACAUUGAAACGCUCUGCCUUCAAUUUAUCACACAACUGAACAGCUGGAGCUUUAGAGAAAUGAACCAUUUGUUGAGAUGGAGAAGUCUUGCCAGACUGAUGUUCAUUCUGCUAUAUUUUGUCAUUGAAGUACUCUGUGCUUCUCAGCAAACAGUCCAGUCUGAGAUUCAGCAGGUGAAAGGCAUCGUGGGACAGUCUUUCUCUUUUCCAGAGAGGGUGAUCAAGUCUGGCAAUUUACUUUAUGGAGAACUUGGCAGUAUUGCAAAUGUGUUCCCUGGUAAAGAAGGCAAUAUCACCCUUGUGAAGAGAUUUGAAAACCGCCUCCACUUGAACAAUGUUACAAGAUACUUCACUCUGUCAGACAUUCAGAUAGACGAUGCUGGGCUUUACACUCUGGAGAUAACAGAUGAAGGAAAAAAUGUUACAACAUUUGAGCUCACUGUGUACAGUAAGUGUGUGUUUGUGUGUUGUAUAUUACAAAAACAUUUAAUAUAG